GCGUGCGCAAUGCUGUGCCUCCUCAGAGUAGAAACACGCCGUGGCCUUCCCCUUUCUAGCAACUUCCUUAGAAUAGCUACGUCAUUUUUCUGCAGGUAAAUAACCUCUGUUAAACAAACCCUUAUUUGCGCUUACAUAUUUAUUUAAUUGGUUUACAAAACGGCACCGCUUUGAUUUGUCGAAUAUUAGAAAACUGACAGUUCUUAAUUAACGCUUUGCGUUUUUUUUUUUAUUAUUAUUAUUAUUAUUUUUACCCAUGAUGCCCGAGAGGAGGUUGUAAUAAAUGAGGAAGUUGAAGUGAUAAGUUUCGCAGACGGUGAGAUCGUAAUAUCUUUCUUUCCAUUACUACUGAUUUUGUGAAUAUCUGACACCAAACGGGGGCAUACAAGUACAAAUUGCGAGUAUGGCGGAGAAUGGGGAGACCCCGGGACCUUUCUCUGAUCCAAAAAUCAUCAAAGUGAUAGUGAAAACUCCCAAAGAAAAAGAGGAGUUUGCCGUUCCUGAAAACAGCACCAUCAAGCAGUUCAAAGAAGAAAUUUCCAAGCGCUUCAAGACACAGAUUGAUCAGCUUGUGUUGAUAUUUGCUGGUAAAAUCUUGAAAGACCAAGACUCUCUUACUCAACAUGCAAUCCAUGAUGGGAUGACUGUUCACCUGGUCAUCAAAACGCAAACGAGGUCACAGGACCAUGCUGCUCAAUCGUCCAGCAGCUCAACUAGCAGUAGUGCGGCUGCCUCUUCAGAGUCCCGCAGCACAACUGCGUCCACCAUGCCAGCAUCCAGCAGUCCCCUAGGUGUGGGUGGCCUUGGAGGGCUGGCAAGUCUAAGCGGCUUUGGAAUGAACUCGUCAAACUUCUCAGAGUUACAGAUCCAGAUGCAGCAGCAGCUUAUGUCGAAUCCUGAAAUGAUGGCCCAGAUCAUGGAAAACCCCUUUGUACAAAGCAUGCUCUCCAAUCCGGAUCUGAUGAGGCAGUUAAUUAUGGCAAACCCCCAGAUGCAGCAGUUGAUUCAGCGAAAUCCCGAGAUUAGUCACAUGCUCAAUAAUCCAGAUAUAAUGAGACAAACAUUGGAACUUGCCAGAAACCCAGCUAUGAUGCAAGAGAUGAUGAGAAAUCAGGACAGAGCUCUGAGCAACCUUGAAAGUAUUCCAGGAGGCUACAAUGCAUUACGGCGGAUGUAUACGGAUAUUCAAGAGCCAAUGUUAAAUGCUGCUCAAGAACAGUUUGGUGGCAAUCCCUUUGCUUCUUUGGUAAACAAUCUAGCUGCUGGUGGUAGUCAGCCGUCACGUACAGAGAAUAGAGAUCCAUUACCAAACCCUUGGGCACCUCCUGCAGCAAGCUCACAAACCUCCUCCUCCUCCUCCACUGCCACUGCUGCCCCCAGCCCAGCACAAGGCCCUAGCCUGCCAAACCUGGGACCAGGCCUGGGAGGGCUGUUUAACACACCUGGAAUGCAGAGCCUUUUGCAGCAGAUAACAGAAAACCCACAGCUAAUGCAAAACAUGUUGUCUGCCCCAUACGUGAGAAGCAUGAUGAAUUCACUCAGCCACAACCCUGAUCUAGCUGCACAGGUGAUGUUGAACAACCCUCUUUUUAAUGGAAAUCCCCAGUUACAAGAACAGAUGAGACAGCAAUUACCAGUCUCCCUUCAGCAGAUGCAAAAUCCAGAAACCUUGUCAGCCAUGUUGAAUCCCAGAGCAGUGCAAGCACUAUUACAGAUUCAGCAGGGCUUGCAGACUUUGGCAGCAGAAGCACCAGGCUUUAUACCAGGUUUUGGGCAAGGUAAUGUAGGAGGUGUUGGUAGUGUUGGAGGCACAGGGAGUACCCCUUCAACAGGGUCUGAUCUCAGUUCUCAAGGAAGUGGAGAGAUGGGGCAGCAGCAGUUGGUACAGCAAAUGUUACAAGCACUUGCCAGUCCAAAUCCACAGAUGCAGAGCCCUGAAGUGAGAUUUCAGCAGCAACUCGAACAGCUCAGUGCAAUGGGAUUUCUUAACCGUGAAGCCAAUCUGCAAGCUCUGAUAGCAACAGGAGGCGACGUCAAUGCGGCCAUUGAGAGGCUACUGGGCUCCCAACCAUCAUAGCAUUAUUUCUGAAAGCUCCUAAUAAAAAAAUGUAAUUUAUUUUUUUAUAUAAUCGUUCACAUUUUUGCUUUAUUUCCCUUUACCCUUGAGACUUGGAUUUGGAAACAAAGUGGAGUGAAAUGCCGUAAUAUGAGCAGUGGGAAUCAAAGGCUUUCAAACUCUUGCAUGCAUCCAAAACAAAACAAAAAAAAUGAAGAAUAUCUUAAACACAUUAAUUAUGUUAAAUUCAUGCUCUGUUUUCAAGUUGUGUGAUCCACUGACAUUUGAUCUAAAACAGCCCUGUACAUGUGUGCUUUUUUGAAAUAGUCUUCAGUAGUAAUUUUAUAUUCAGUACAAAGUAUAGAAAAA